CAACGAUCGAGGAGGUUAGGUGGCAAUGUUCGUUUCUUUGAAAUAUUCGAAUUAUUAGCAAUCUUUAUACGAAAACAUCUUGCUAUUUAUCGGUGCAUCAGGUGCAUCAGUAAUAAAAAGUGGAUAAAUGAUGAAUCUAAUUCGGCCGUCGGUUUUUGUCGGAAAAAAUCAAACGCGCAACUGUCGACAAGUAUAUUUCAUGCGCGAUCGAUGUAUCCACGGGACAAAAGAGGUAUUAUCAUCGGAGGAGAAGAAAAGCGAUACGAAGGAAGAUUCCAGUUUGGUAGACGAUAUGUCAGAACCCACGAAUUGCUGUAUGUCCGGAUGUGCGAAUUGUGUUUGGAUCGAAUACGCGGAGAAGUUAAGUGCCACUAUCGCAAAGAGCGACGCUGACGUUCAAAAAAUGAUCUUGGAUAAAGUUCAAGAUCCUAACAUGAGGGCGUUCCUCUCUAUGGAACUCAAGUUUCGAAAUAUAAUUAAAGAUUGAAUAGGAAAAUUCGUCGCUUGUAAAAUAUUGUAUAUAUGUACAUACGAACAAGAAAUUGUUAGAAAAUAAACGUUGUCGUUAAUUUAAUCGCGCAUUCAAUCACGUUUCUUGAAUCCCUUCCAAUUACUACACAAUCGAAAUAGACCGUUACGAAAAUAAAG